AUGUUGUGGCCCAAGUUAGUUUGCUUUGCAUUGGUCAGUCUGGCCUUUGGCCAACUUUAUCAGGUGGCCAGCGAGGAUACCAUCGCCGCCUGUCCCACAAACUUCACCCGGGUGGCGGAUAAGUGCCUUCUGGUGGACAGCAGCUGGAAGAACUUUUAUGAGUCGGAUCGCCACUGCCGAUCCAUCAACGCCGGACUCCUGAGCCUCAAGAACCAGACGGAACUGAAUGCCAUCAACAACUGGCUGCCGUUGGUUGCCGAAUAUCAACUGGAGUUCUGGACAUCCGGCAAUAAGUUGGGCCAAGCCAGAGACGAUUACUUCUGGCAGAGCACCGGGGAGCAGGCUGUGUAUCUGCCCUGGAACACGGGACAGCCCACUCCCGCCAGCGGGGAUUGCCUCACUUUGCUGGCCAACUAUAACAUGUCCAGUGGAGUAUUCGUGAUGGAUCCCCACCGCCUGACCGUGAAGAACUGCACCCAGUGGGCACCCCACAUCUGCCAGGCCCCAUUGCAACUCUUCCAGACCCAGCUGUGUCUCAAUACCAGUGCUUUCUUCGAGGCCAAGAUCCCAGUUUAAUUCAAUGUUAAAUACUUUUUAUUCAAUUGAGUCAAUCAAGCGAUAAAAAAAACAAACCAUUAUGCUUUAAAUACUUAAAAAAAAUAUUUAGUCUUUCUUAAGACCUUCCGAAAAUACAUUUUAAAACCUACCAAUUUAGACUUCCCCCAAUGAAAAUUAACCAUUUACCAUUAACCAUUUAAAAUGAAUAUCAAAAAUUAUU